AUGAAUGGGAGCAGCUGGGUGCUUUUGUUUUGGAGGGACAAAGAGGUCAGCCAACUUCCUGUUAUGUCUGGCCGUCUGUGGAGCGUGACACCCCCUCCCCCUCCCCCACGCAGACAGUCUGGGUCGGACGGACGACACGCGGACACACCGCCGCGCGAAGCUCCGGACCCGCGGACUCCCAGCCCAGCAGAGCCGCGCGCCGCGUGCCGCGCGCCCCGUCCCGGUGGCCAUGUCGCUGCUCGGCCCCGCCCCCAGCUCUGCAGACGCCUGCCUUAGCAUCGUGCACAGCCUGAUGUGUCACCGGCAGGGGGGGGAGAACGAGGGCUUCGCCAAGCGGGCCAUCGAGAGUCUGGUGAAGAAGCUGAAGGAGAAGAAGGACGAGUUGGACUCGCUCAUCACCGCCAUUACCAGCAACGGCGUCCAUCCCAGCAAGUGCGUCACCAUCCAGAGGACGCUGGACGGCCGGCUGCAGGUGGCGGGCAGGAAGGGCUUCCCCCACGUCAUCUACGCGCGGCUGUGGCGCUGGCCCGACCUCCACAAGAACGAGCUGAAACACGUGAAGUUCUGCCAGUUCGCCUUCGACCUGAAGUACGACAGCGUGUGUGUGAACCCCUACCACUACGAGAGGGUGGCGGCCGCUCCCCCCACAGGUCCUCACGCCAUGAUCAAAGAGGAGUUCAUGCAGGACUGCCUGCAGCUGGACCUGCCCCCCCACCCAGACCCUUACGGCAUGUAUCCCAGCAUGCCCCUGUCUCCUCCAGGGAGGGGCUCCAUGGCGUCCGCUCAGAACGCCAGCGGGAUCUCUGGGGGGUCCGCUGACGAGGCCUCAGAGGGGUCCGGUCUCCUGCAGAUCAUCUUGCCUCGGAACCGCGGAGGUCAGGCCUCUCCACCGGUGUCCCCCCAGUCUCACCACACGGUUACCCUCAGCUCGCCAUCGCCACAGAGCCCCGACUUCAGCUGCCCCCCCAAACCCGCUACCUGGACCGGAAACAGCUCCACCCCCUACACGCCAGCGGGACAUCACAACAGUGGGAGGAGCCACACAAUGCAACCCCCGCUACAUCACCAUCAUGGCCCAAUGACCCACUUCUGGUCGCAGCACCACAGCGCUCCGUACCCACAGCCAGUGUCCAACCAUCCAGGCCCUGAAUUCUGGUGCUCCAUUUCCUACUUUGAGUUGGACGUUCAGGUUGGUGAAAUCUUUAAGGUGCAGUCCAGCUGUCCGCUGGUGACGGUGGACGGCUAUGUGGACCCUUCAGGAGGGGAUCGGUUCUGUUUGGGUCAGCUGAGCAACGUCCACCGCACCGCCGCCAGCCACCGGGCCAGGCUCCACAUCGGCCGGGGGGUCCAGCUGGAGUGUCGAGGGGAGGGGGACGUGUGGAUGCGCUGCCUCAGCGACCACUCCGUGUUCAUUCAGAGUUACUACCUGGACCGGGAGGCGGGCCGAGUGCCAGGAGACGGCGUUCAUAAGAUCUACCCCGGAGCGUACAUCAAGGUGUUUGACCUGCGGCAGUGCCACAGGCAGAUGCAGCAGCAGGCGGCGGCGGCUCAGGUGGCGGCCGAGACUCAGGCGGCGGCAGUCGUUGGUGCUAUUCCUGGUCCGAACAGCGUGGGGGGCAUCGCACCUGCAGUCAGUGUGUCGUCGUCAGCCGGGCUGGGCGUGGACGACCUGCGCAGACUGUGCAUCGUGCGUCUCAGCUUUGUCAAAGGGUGGGGGUCGGACUACCCGCGGCAGAGCAUCAAGGACACGCCCUGCUGGCUGGAGGUUCACCUGCACCGGGCGCUGCAGCUGCUGGACCAGGUGCUGCACAUGCUGCCGCCGCGUGAGCAGGCGCUCUGAUGACCUCCAGGGUCCAACAGCAGACACCAGAGGCCCUGUGUUCUCCCUCCAGCAGCAGGCUCACCAAAGCGGGCCGCCAUAGCGCCAGAUCCCGUUUCCAUGGCGGCAUAUCACCUGAGCAGGUGUGUCCUGCAUGUCAGCAGGAAGGGAGCAUCAGUCCCCUUCAGUCUUACAAACCAAACCGUCUCGGUCCAUGUGAUUUCUGUGUUCAGAGCGGCAGAUCCGGUCCGGUUCCAGCAGCUCCAGCUGCACCAAAGGUCAAACCGACUGUGAGCUGCUGGAGGACGUGAAACCGUCAUGUUUUAUCCUGAAAAGACAAAAAGCAUCGUGUCUGCUGUUGUGUCCCGUUAGGGAUGGUGCGCACAUGCAUUCAUGCAUCGGGGGGGGUCGGUCUGGACGUUCAGGCCUGAGGACAGCUGAACCGGAGCGUCGGUGAGCCGCCAGAAAAAGGAGGAGGAGUUUAUGAUCACAUGAUGUUCAAGAGAGAAACCUUUAAACCAAAUUCAAAGUGUAUUUAUUUCUGUGAUGAAUCACAUCUUACAGCCACUGAGAUGAAACUGACCGAUUUAUACGGUUUAUCUUCUGUUGAUCUCGUUGUCUUUUUUUAACUUCCAUAACAUUUAAGAGCUUUUAUACUGAAAGGGGUAUGAUUGUGUAUCAUGAUUAUUCAAACGUUCAGCCUAAUAAACGUCAGAUUCCA